GCAGGGGUGUAUGUAGGAAUUCUGAGACUGCUGAAAGAAAAAAAACCAUUGAGUUAUCAACACCUUUCACCCCACUUGUGACGGCAUCGGCAUUUAGGUGACUGAACAGGUUUUGAGAACAUACGAUAUUUCAGUCAUGUCCAAAAGCCUUGGCUCCCCAAGUCGUGGCAGCCUGAGUCUUGAGGGGAUUGUGAGAGAGAUCCAGAUCAACUUGCUGGAGUGUAAAGUCUGCUUCGAGAAGUUCAACACUCAGCAGAGGGAUCGCAGACCACAGAACCUUUCCUGUGGCCAUGUACUCUGUCUGGAAUGCAUCACGGCUCUGACCCACCCUCUCCUGAGGAAGCUGGAGUGCCCGUUCUGUCGACAGCUGUGCAGUGUUGACAGCACCUCCCACUGUCAGGUUCUUAGUGACCUGCAGGAGCUGCUAUUGUUGCGGAGUCCCACAUUGUCUCCUCCUCCUCACAGGCCAAAAGGAGGCCUUGGUUUGGCCACAGGUUUGGGAUCAACAGCUCUGCACCUCUCCACAGCUUUUGGCGGAUGGGGGACUCUUAUCAACCCUACUGGAAUAGCUGUUUUGGGGUCUUCUGGGACAAUAGUGGUGGUGCAUGAUGCUGAGAAGAGGGUGGCAGUGUUCAGCCCACAGGGUAAGAAGCUACACAGUUUUGGGAGAAGAGGACAAGGCAAUGGGGAUAUCUGUUACCCAAUAGAUGUGGCGGUGAUUCCUUGUGGUUACGUGGUGGUGACUGAUGCAGGGGACAAAGCUGUGAAGGUUUUCACCUCCAGGGGGAACCAUGUGUUGACGGUCAAGGAUUGCUUCCAGCUGCCCUGGGGUGUGGACACAAACAGCAGCGGGCACAUCCUGGUCUCUGAUGUCCAAGCUGGCACACUGUCCCUAAUAAAAGUGGACUACACUCAUGGUGCCACUCAGCAGCACCAAACAGCCGUUUCAGACCUUCAGCAUCCCAAAGCGGUGGCCUGCUGCCGGGGGACUGGGAACACAGCGGUGACGGAGCAUCUAAUCGAUGACACAGAUCCACCAGGGAAACACCAACCCACGAGGCUGAGAGUGUUUACCAAAGACUUCCACAUCCUUUAUCAGACAGACAGUUUCAGUUUGACCCUGAAGUCCACAGUGUGGCUCAACAUGUCAGGAGUGGCGUUUGACAGAGAUGGAGAUCUGCUGGUGAUUGACUCUAAUCAGGGGAUGAUUUGGAGUUUGGGGAAGCUCCAGAACGAGCCAGUCUUAACUCCUCUUGUGGGAGACCCCCUUAUCCGCCCAGGUGGGCUUGUGUCACUGAACAAUAUGCUCGUCAUUCUGGACAGUGGAGACCACACAGUGAAGAUUUAUACUUCUAAAUCUAAAAGUGGACCCAAGAAAUAACUAAUGUAAGAACAGGGCUACAGUAGUGUACCUUACUAUGAACUGAUGAAGUAACAUUUUAAAUUGUACAAGCUACCUGGAAAUAAAACUAUUUAUAAAUUCAAAAUAAUUACAUACAUUGAAGAUUAUAAAUGUAAAUGUAAUAAAUUGUUACUGAAUGUUUUGUUGUGCACAUAAUAAAAUCAAAGUAUAAGUAAAGAUGUUUGUCUUUUUAAGAGUUUUUGUCAUGCAAUCAUGUUGUCAAACUAAUGAUUUUCUUAAAUUGUCAUCCCAGUUUUAAUGAAAAACGUUUUGUUUUUUUAAAUUAAAAAAAAAAAAAAAUCAUUUACUAUACAUACUAUACUAUACAGUGGUUUCCAAUCUGGGGGUCAGGGCCUCCCAUGGGGUCCAAAGAAUAAUCUGAGAGGUAUUUUAUAUUUUAUACAAAGUAUUUUUAAAAACCUGCCCUGCUGCUAGAGUAUAUAAUACAAGUGUUUAUUGUUGUUUUGUAAU